AUGUCUUCCAAGAUCUUCCUCGCCCUGGCCAGCAUCCUUUCUCUUGCUGCGUCUCUGCCCCACACACCUCGGGAAUGCUCUCAAACUGUGACCCCGGGUGUGAUCGCCCAUCCCCAGCACUUCAACAUCUACCAGUCGGACUCUCAACCCAACCACCCCACGGACAACGUCCCGCAUCUCGACCUCCACUCCAACAUCACCCGCCAGGUCGUCGUAUUCACCGGCAUUCCGGCGGCGGCCAAGACUUGCUCGCUCGGUUGGCGCCAGGGUCCGGUCGAAACCCGCAUCUUCCGCGUCGAUGGUAGCGGCCUCGUCUCCUCGCGCCAGCUCAAGGCCGAGGGCUUCCCAACGUGGACGAAAGGCAGCGAUGUCCUGAUCAACCCCACGACCAUUGCGCCGUUCCAGGAGGGCAGCGAGUUCUCUUCAGGCAUGGACUUCACUUUCUGGGACCAGCCCGACUUCUCUGCGCCCGCCACGCACGCCGGACCAAGUGUCAAGUGUGAGGAGAGGAUCGUCGUGGAGCUGGCAGUCAACCUCAACAGCGGACAGGACGGACGGGUGUUCAUGCAGGACGAUGCCGAGAAUGGACUGUUCAUCUCUUACUCUUAG